CCCCUUUCGUCAACUAGAGCAUGGCUCUGAUGAUCUGGCCCGUUUAUUGAGCAACUUCGAUUUUCACAUUCGUCUUGUUCACAUGGCUUUGUGACUAACUGCGAGCCAGACACUGACAGGUGAUUCAGCCACAAUGUCUAUCAACAAAGGGUGUCAUUUUGUCGCCGGCGACAACAACCUGAGUAAUGUUUUUGGCGAUCAACUCCACGUGGGCUACCAAGGAGCCAUGGAUCAUGUCUCUCUCGCGAAUCAAUAUGGCAACCAGACCGACCCAUCAGGUGCAAUGAACAGCAUUUCUCUCCCAGAAAAUGCAUAUGAGGGGCAAGCCUCCGAGGCCCGCCACGUUUCUGUUGGCCAAGGUGGUGGACUUGGGUCCAAUCCCUAUGUGCGCCACCAAAUUGGUGAGGGGCCACUUCAAAGCUAUACGUCAACGCCAACUCCAAUGGUUGACAACAACUCCCUCCAGCAUUCUUAUCCCACCGCAUAUUCUCAAAAUCAAACCUUUCAACCAAGACAAAAUGUUGGUAUGAACCAAAAUCUUCGCUCGCUUCCUUCGCCAUCUGAUAUGGGGAUGGGAUCUCGCACUGGGAGAGGUGCUUUGCCGCCAAGACUCUCUGAAUCAAGCAUGGGAUUUGGUCUCAAUCACUUCAAUAGUGGUAAUGGAGACAUGGCCUCUUACAAUUCUCAAGUCCCUACUCCCAUGCACGCAUUUGGCAACGGCUAUUCCGGAACAACCAAUACGGCUCAGGCGCGCAAUGUGAGAAGCACGUUUCGCAGAAGCCCCUUGGAUAUGGCAGAACCCCGAUAUGAUAUCCAGAACGGUUUUGCACCGGUGCAGCAUCCCGAUAUGCAACCUAACAAUUCCGCGAAUAUGAUUCCGAACAUGGGCCACCCUGGCAGUGUUUUUCAGCCCCAUCCUGAAGCUGAAGGUUGGACCAGAGAUCAGAUCAGCAAACACGGAGAUUCUCUUUCUUCUAAGCGUACACGAAGGCAAUCCACGGUGCUGGCGGAUCAUGAAGCUGAUACGCCGGAUGGCAGCGAUAUGAGUGAAGACUCCGAUGGUACAGUCUGCUCACCGGCUGAUCAAGAGUUGUCGACUCUUCAAGGUUCAACUACCGGCCAAGAGUCGUCGACUGUUCAAGGCUCAGCAACUGGUCAAGAGUCAUUGACUGUUCAAGGACCAAUGACCUCUCAAAUCAACGAACGUUUGGCUGGUGAUGACCGCACAUCGCGUUCAGGGACGCGCGGACCUGGCGAAGAACCGAUGUCAAGCAGGCAAUUUAGAGGUCAUUUUGAUCGCGCUGCACACCGAGUUGGAAGUUCUCAGCAGAUGGUCGGGAAACUCCCCGGAAGGAGAUCAAAGGGCGCCAACGAUCCGGAAAACAUCGCGAUUGUCAAUUGGUAUGAUAACUACAACAUGUCAUUCGUGGAAAUUGCACAGCGGUUAAACAGCAGGCAAGAGGCAACCGGCAAGCCAGGAACCUUCACACCAAACUCCAUACAUAACAGAUACAACCGCUGUGCGCCGAUCAUCUAUCGGGCCAAUGGAAGAGUGUUUGUUGCCAUCAAAGAUCGGAGGAAGCACGCGCCGGAGGAGCUGGACGCCAUGAGUUAUGGCGCUUACUCCAUUGAGUGGACGCCGAACAAGGACCAGCUCCUCAGGCGCACGGUGCAGGAAGACGAGGCCAACAAGUGGCGCAGGGUCGCUGAGGCAUUCACGACAUCGACGGGGGAGAGGGUUGGCGAAGGCGCGGUAUCGACUAGGUUUCUCUUGAUAUGAUGUGCCCUCGAUGUCGGAUUUGGGUCAUCAGCCACUUUGUAUUAUUGGCUCUUCACUCUUUGCUCUUUGCUCGCUGAUUUCUACGUUUGCUUGCUAUAUUCUCUCUUGUUACUCUCUACCUUUUUGCGACGGAGUUUUUUAGACCUAUGGAUAUCUCUGUUUGCUUGUCGUUGCCUCUGCCGUUUGGUUACUUCAUAGAUAGUGCAGCAGCCGGGAAUGAUAGAGCUGGCGCCGCCGAGCAGAG